CUCUUUAAAAAACACACGUCGCCAUAGAAACCGCACCACGGUCUGCUGUUGUUGACCGGCCGGCGCGAGAAGAUCCAACCCCUUCAAAAUAAAUCGCCGUUAUCCCAAACCGUUACCCCUUACCGCGCCGACCACGCGCACCGCUGCCGGACGCGGGGAACUCGGCUGCUUCCACCGCGCGGGACGAAAGGGUACGCAUUCAGUGUCGAGACCCCUGGGAGGGAGAGGGGAGCAGUUGCACACACCCAGCGGACUUCCCUGCGAGUGUGCCCGCGCAAAGGGACGGGAAAGGGUCCCAGCUCAAAUGUGCACGCGCACAGCCCGGACGUGCGUUGAGUGAAUUCCCCCGCACCAGGAGAGCAUGAGUUCGCGGAGGCACAGAUCGGAUCGUAUCAGCAUCCACAGGCCAUACCCGAGCGACGAAAUUUCUACUACAGACACGUGCCCAAUGAAAUUUCUUUCAGCACAAAGGAAUGCAAGAAAAGGGUCACCUGAAAAAUGCCAAAGUGUAUCUGUUUGUUCAACAGACAAGACUUGUGUGGACUGGCUCUCGAAGAAGUCAUUUGCAUAUCUCCAGGAUAAAGCAGAUAAAGAAUCCUUGGAAGUUAGUGCUCUUUGUCAGCCAUUGUAUGAUGUGGAAGAAUGCUUUAUCAAGGAAUUGGAUAAGUAUAUCGCCUACAAGGACAUGCUAAACUUGAGAAAGAAUGAACUACUGUACAAAAAAUGGAAUGACUACAUUUAUGAACGAAUACAGUGGAAAAUCAAGGCAAAAUUAAAUCAGUCAGUUGAAAAAAGACGUCCUGCAGUUUUACAGUAUUUAGACUACUGCAAUAAAAAGGAACCUGUGUUUUUGGAAGAAUAUAACCCAGAUGACUUCAAUCCAUUCGUCCGCCAUCUAUGCAAGCCUCAUACAUUUAAGACGAGAACUUCAACUAUCCAUGAUCCUCUGCUAUUUCAAGGAAGAAGCAAGAUUGAAGAAGACAUUGCCAUACUGCAAUGUCAGAGAGGAAAUCUAUGUCAGCAGGAAGAUUCCAACAAUUCAAGGAGAAAGUUUGUCAUCAGAUACUUCAACCAAGCACUGGCAAUAAAUGUACUUGACCAAUUACAGACAACUCAAGAGCAUCUUUCAAAAACGCAGAAAGGUAAAGUUUACUCUUUAAAAGAAGCUGAAGAAUUUCACAAGGCACAGCUACCUUUGGUUCCAUUGGGUCGCCAAUAUGUUGACUGCAAUACAUGGCUCCGUGUACCACUAGGCUAUAUUGAGAGUGAAGUUCGACAAAGAAGCAGGAAACGGAUGAUUUGGAGAAAUAGACACAUAUGCUUCCAGUCCUGUUGAAUUAUUGCUGAAGAAAAGUAAGUGAAAUUAAGAAAAAGAAUCCUCAGUGGCUUGGCAGAUAGAUCCACCAGUGGCAUUGUUUUGAACUACGCUCAUGAAGAAAGAUCUUUCAGCAUUUUGUUGUGUUUUUCAUUUAUUGAUUCUACCUGGCAGUCAGGAAAGAUUCAUGCCAGAUAUGGAAGUCAACAAAGUUCAUGUGAAAGCUUUAUCUGACUGUAGCAGGACGUGCUCCACAGUAGAAAAUGAAGGACUCCACAGCACCAACAGGUCCUCAAAUUAGCUUAUAGGAGUUCUGUAUUGUACAGAUUAUAUUGUUGACCAUAUACAUUAUAUAACCUUAUAGCAUCCUUCCACCAAAUACAGCUGCAAUAACUAAUCUUGCAUUUUCCAAGGCUCAAGAAUACAGAUGAAGAACGAAUCAAAUUGCCAUCAGUAAUGAAUACCAGAAAGUGAUUUUAAAAUGUUCUUGUAUCACUUAAUUGCACAAUGCAGUGAUGCCACAUGUAUCACAAAUACAUCUUUUUUUAAAAUAAAUGUUUUGUUCAUGCAAGAAAAACAAAGGUGUGGCAGUAAGUUACAAAUAAAGGUUACUUAUAACUCUUGAAAUGAAGAUUACGUGAAAGGCUGUGCAGGAACAAGGAUAGCAGAAUAACAUUUAAACUGCUUCAUAUAUUUCACAUUGAUGGAUUCUUAACAAAAAAAAUUGGUUAAGAACAAUGAAAAAUGAAACAGAUACUGGUAAAUAAUUCACUUGCAUGCAUCUUAGUGCAUGCCUUCACUUUGUAGCCAAAAAUAAUGCUGGCAGUUUAUUAAAUAAAACGAGAAAAUAAAGGCAAAACCAGUCAGUCAACAACUGAGAAUGAGUUAGGUCAAUGUUUUGGGUGCAACUUCGCAUAACUACCUGAACCAAUCUGUCUUUCAUAAUUUGACCAACCUGCUGGCCAUUUCUAACAUAUUUUAUCUUUGCAAUAAUAAUUUUAUGAAAGGUUCCUGAAGUCUGAUCGAAA